AUGGUGCUGCCUGUCCAACAUGUCAGCCGAGGUGCGGCUGAGGCGGCUCCAGCAGCUGGUGCUGGACCCCGGCUUCCUGGGGCUGGAGCCCCUGCUCGACCUUCUCCUGGGCGUCCACCAGGAGCUGGGUGCCUCCAACCUGGCCCAGGACAAGUAUGUGGCCGACUUCUUGCAGUGGGUCCUUCUUCCAACCCCAAGUCCAGUGUUUACCUAAGUGUGGUCCAAGAACCACCUGCAUCUGAAUCUACAGCGGAGCCCAUCGCCGCGAGGCUUAAGGAGGUUCGACUGCAGAGGGAUGACUUUGAGAUUCUGAAGGUGAUCGGACGCGGGGCGUUCAGCGAGGUAGCGGUGGUAAAGAUGAAGCAGACGGGCCAGGUAUACGCCAUGAAGAUCAUGAAUAAGUGGGACAUGCUGAAGAGAGGCGAAGUGUCGUGCUUCCGUGAAGAGAGGGAUGUGUUGGUGAAUGGGGACAGGCGCUGGAUCACGGAGCUGCACUUCGCCUUCCAGGAUGAGAACUACCUGUACCUGGUCAUGGAGUACUACGUGGGCGGGGACCUGCUAACGCUGCUGAGCAAGUUCGGGGAACGGAUCCCAGCCGAGAUGGCGCGCUUCUACCUGGCUGAGAUCGUCAUGGCCAUAGACUCGGUGCAUCAGCUGGGCUAUGUGCACAGAGACAUCAAACCGGACAACAUCCUGCUGGACCGCUGCGGCCACAUCCGCCUGGCGGACUUCGGUUCCUGCCUCAAGCUGCGGGAGGAUGGAACGGUGCGGUCGCUGGUGGCUGUGGGUACCCCGGACUACCUGUCCCCCGAGAUCCUGCAGGCCGUAGGUGGCGGGCCUGGGACAGGCAGCUACGGGCCCGAGUGUGACUGGUGGGCACUGGGCGUGUUCGCCUAUGAAAUGUUCUAUGGGCAGACGCCCUUCUACGCUGACUCCACGGCCGAGACCUACGGCAAGAUCGUCCACUACAAGGAGCACCUGUCUCUGCCGCUGGCGGACGCAGGGGUCCCUGAGGAGGCCCAAGACCUCAUCCAGCGGCUGCUGUGUCCCCCGGAGACACGGCUAGGUCGGGGUGGAGCAGGCGAUUUCCAGAAGCAUCCUUUCUUCUUUGGCCUCGACUGGGACGGUCUCCGUGACAGCAUGCCCCCCUUUAUACCAGAUUUCGAGGGUGCCACUGACACGUGCAAUUUCGACGUGGUGGAGGAUGGGCUCACUGCCAUGGUGAGCGGGGGCGGGGAGACACUGUCCGACAUGCAGGAAGACAUGCCACUGGGGGUCCAACUGCCCUUUGUGGGCUACUCCUACUCCUGCAUGGCCCUCAGGGACGAGGUCCCAGUCCCCAUACCCAUGGAAAUGGAGGCCGAGCAGUUGCCUGAGCCACAUAUCCAAGUGCCCAGCCUGGAGCCCACGGUGUCCCCACCAAAGGAAACAGCUGAAGUGACAGUUCCCGCGACUAUCCCUGUGGCCGAGCCCGAGGUGACGCUUCGGGAGCUCCAGGAAGCCCUGGAGGAGGAAGUGCUUUCCCGGCAGAGCCUGGGCCGGGAGAUGGAGGCCAUCCGCACGGCCAACCAGAACUUCGCCAGUCAACUGCGCGAGGCCGAGGCCCGGAACCGAGACCUGGAGGCGCACGUCCGGCAGUUGCAGGAGCGGAUGGAGUUGCUGCAGGCCGAGGGAGCCGCAGCUGUCACGGGGGUCCCCAGUCCCCGGGCCACGGAUCCACCUUCCUAUCUAGAUGGCCCCCCGGCCGUGGCUCUGGGCCAGUGCCCGCUGGUGGGGCCAGGCUCCAUGCACCGCCGCCACCUGCUGCUCCCUGCCAGGAUCACUAGGACUGACCUAUCGGAGGCGCGUUCCCUGCUCCUGUUCGCCGCUGCUCUGGCUCGUGCCACCUCCCUGGGCUGCACUGGGUUGGUGGCCCGCACCGGCCAUCUCGCCUCAGUCUGAAGCCGUCCCAGAGCCGCCUUCGACCCCUGAACCCUAGAACUCCAGACUAUCCUCCACUCGGGCCCCGCUGGAGGGUUGGGUGGCCCGGGUACAACCCAGAAACCUCUCCCACCGCCUUGCCGUUCACAUCACUCCCAGCGUGCGUCUCCGCCCCAGCUCCAGUCCUGUGAUCCGGGUGUGCCCCCUGGCGGCCGGGGAGGGAAGAGCCCGGUCCGCAGCCGGCGAAUGGGGCUCGCGGGGGGGCUUGUAGCCGGGAAUGCUGCUGCUGCUGCUGCUAGGGGAAAUCGCGGGUCACUUCUUUCCUCCGGCUGGGCUGAGGCCCCGACGUGGAUGGGCAAACUGCAGUCAUGAGAAAGCAGCAGGCCCGGGUUUGGCCAUCCAUUUUUCAUUCUCCACGCACCCCCAACACACCAUCGGCUCUCCAACCACAAACCCUCUUUGUGCAUGAGGCCCUUCCUCUCCGGGGAACGUUCUGUUACCGCGGCGAACAUCCGGUGCGACCUCCGUCCGGUCUCUCGGGAACCUUUUGCUUUUGCCGGCCCCGCUUUUUCGGGGACUCCCGCGCUCCCCUCUUCACGUGCGCUGUUGUCGGAGCCACAGCCGGCUCCGCCCGCCUCGACGGUUCGGCUAUUUAUUGACCUUGUCUUCCGACCCGCUGACAGGCUGCAGGACCCCAGCACCCUAAUCCACGUUUUGGAUGCACUGAGAUCCCAACAUUCCUCGGUAUUUAUUGUCUCUCCCCACCUAGGACCCCACCCCCGACCCUCGCGAAUAAAAGGCCCUCUCGUCAGCCCAAA